CUUAAAGCCCAUCAGCCCAUCACUACAUAGGAAAAUACGCUGACGUCAUCGACAUAAUUAGUCUAUGGACUUUGUUGACAUUAUUUUUAUUUGAGUUUGUGUAGCAAAUUGUGUAAAGUGUUUUUAAAACUCUGCGAUGUAAACGAUAACAUACAAUCAAUAAAUUAAAGUGUACGUCAAUUGAUUACUUCAAUCCUUCAUCAGUUGUGUAAAGCAAGACUCCCAACAUGACGGACAAGGUGUUAGACGAGAAAACCUGGCCACAGGAAGCCGAGGCAGCCAUCAAUGACAUCCGCAAGCACGUGAAGGUUGCGUCCAUAUCCUCGCAGCUCCACAACAACAACCAGCGCAUCUACAUCAACCUCACCACGCUGGAGAGCACAGACUACUGCGUCGAGAUGUCGGCCAACGGCUUCAGGGUCGUCGGCAGGAAGUAUGACGACACCACGCUGUCCAGCAUAGAGAACAUGAACUACGAGACGCCGUACGCGCUGCUGAACAACAUCAGCCAGAAGUACAGGGAGUCCUUCGGCGGAGAGCUCAUGAACAAGCUGCUGGACCUGGCUGCUCGCAACUCUGAAGGCUGAACUCGUGGCGGUGAGCUGUAGUCCUGUGUUCAACGUAGGCCUAUCCACGCCCUCAUGGAGAAGUUGUUUGCUUGAGCAAAUGCAUUUCGUUAUUACUUGAUCUAUAAUUGUUUGUACGCAUAAAUAUUGUGUGUAAUGUUGUAUUUAAAAAUAGGUUUAUCAAAUAUUGAAUGUUCACAUAAAUAUCAAAGUAUUAUAAGGGAACUUGAACAAACCAGGGUUUAACAAGUCGAUUUGGUAAUUAUAUUGUGAACUUUAUCGAUUUUUGAUUGUUGAAUUUUACUGUGGAAAUGUGUCAAAUAUCACCUGUCAGUAUUCACGUGUGCUAUAAUAAAUGUUUAUGUAACUAUAUAAGUUUAUAUAACUGUGUAGAACUUUAGUAUUACCAAUGUGUUUAGUGUUGAAUGCAAUCUCUGUUAGCAUUACACUAUUAUAGGGAAUAUCUCUCUCGAUAUGAAAUUGAUUAUUGCAUGUGUUGUAAGUAGCAGUGGAUUACUUUGUUGGUACAAGUACCUAAUAUUGGAAUAUUUUGUAAACAAUUGUAAACCAAACUUCCCCUUGAUUAUUAAGUUGUGCAGAAUAGAUCGCAUUAUUGCGUUAGAUCAUUGUUAGAACAUGAGCUCUCACUCAAUGCGGUACUGUCAAGCGCACUUGGACGAGGGGCAAAGCGACACGGUAGCUUACAAAUUGCGCGCUUCCUGUGUGACCUACAGUCGGCCGACUUCUUAAGUACCACUAGAAAGACUCGAUUCAAACAUUACGCAACUAUGGGGCGCCACUAUAAUAUGAAAAGCAGCCCAAACAAUAACACUAGUCGAUGUUUCUCAAACAAUAGAUUUAUCAACAAGGCCAGUAUAGUAGUAAAACAUGAACAAUAUGAACAUACUUAUCAUAGCUUGUGACUAAUGUGAGAAUCGAGUUUUUAGAAUGGGUACGUGUGGUACAAGGCAACUAUUGUUGAAGUACUGAGUACCACGGCGCGUCGCGGAUCGCUUGCAGUCUUGUGUGCUUUACACAGCAUUUUAUUAGUACAAUCGUCGACGGACUGAGUACAAACAUAUUGUGUAUCUCUUAGUUUGGGUGCGUGAUACUAGUAGUGCUCUCUUUUAUUGUCGUUUCUUAUAAAUUUAUGGCCUAUAGACGUUGUGUUUUCAUGGCAAUGAUCCAUUUCGUCUGUCUAUAGACAGUAUUUGCAUAUUGUAAACCUUGGAAUGUAUUUUAUAGGUGAAUAUAUCAAGUUAUUGUUUAUGUUCGCGGCCUAAAUUUCAUAGUUUUAUUACACAAAUAUUACAAACGUGUAAUGUUCUCGUGGCUGCCGCCGCAUGCACCCAAACUAGCAUCUCUUUAGACGUAAUAUACACAAUUAGCGUAGUGAACUUGUUUGUGAUAGUAAAAUAAAUUCAUAUAUGGAUA